CUGGCAGCCCAUUCAAUGAAACCUGUCCAAGAAAUCUCGACCUGAGUAAUUUCCUCUUAAUGUCUUUCUCGCCAACUUUCUCCCCUCGAUCAUAACGAAGCAACACCGCCAAGAUGAUGGAAUACUUCACCUACAAGAAAGUGAAGAAGCACCAAGCUGAGAAGAAGGCCAAAGAUGGAGAACAAACGCCCAUCAUCAGCGAAGAAGAUGAGCACUUUCUCACCCGUGUCAUCUCUACGGAGGGCACACCGCCACCUCUGCCUGAACGACCUCGAUUCGGCCCCGAAGCUGGAGACUCGAUGAACAAUCUGGCGCAGAUGGUAGUUCACGAUGGCAAUGGCAUGACUGAACCAGCUGGGGAUGGCACAACUAAAUUAGCUGUCGAGCAGCAGGAGACCAAACAGAAAGACAAAGGCAAAGGAAAGGAGAACGAGAAGCACGAUGACAAGAAGGCAUCUCGAUUCUCGUUCCUGGCCCGAAGUCUCACGAAGAAGAAAAAAGAAGACCCCAACCCCAAACCAGUCGUAACACCCGACGAAACCACGAAAGAAGAAGACGACAUAAUCCGCGUUCUCAACGACCUCAACCUGGCCGCUGUUAACAACAACGCCUUUUCCAUGUCCAAAGAAUCCCAAGAGCUCGUCCAAAAAUUCACAGUGAUCCUCAAAGACCUUGUCAAUGGCGUACCAACCGCAUACGACGAUCUCGUCCACCUGCUUGACGACUCACAAGGCACCUUGGCCAAGAGCUACGAUCAUUUACCCAGCUUCUUGCAGAAGUUGAUUACACAGCUGCCGACGAAGCUGACGGGUAGUCUGGCGCCGGAAUUGCUGGCUGUGGCGACGGAGGCACAGGCGCUUAAUACAGCGGGUGCGAGUGCGAGUGGUGGAGGAUUUGGAGCAGCUGCCAAGAGCUUCCUUAAGCCGACAAGUUUGAAGGAUUUGGUUACGAAGCCGGGAGCUGUUGUUGGAUUACUGAAGACUAUUAUGAAUGCUCUGAAGCUUAGAUGGCCUGCGUUCAUGGGCACGAAUGUCUUGUUGAGCUUGGGGCUGUUCGUCCUCCUCUUCGUCUUCUGGUACUGCCAUAAACGCGGCCGCGAGACCCGUCUCGAGCGUGAAGCAAAAGUCAACAGCGAGGGCCGAAUCAUUGAACUGGACGACGACCCCAUGGUCGAUGACCCUUCGGCCUCACACCGACGUCCAAACUCGUCCCAGAGAAGCACAGAGCGUGAACGUCGUUCGGCUUCGAGUAGGGAGCAUUCUGAGAGACCGACGAGUUCGAGGAAGAAGAGUUCGGAUAAGCACCGCAAGAGCUCUGACAGUCAGGGAGGAGAGAAGAUAGGACGAGUGUCGAAGAUAUGAUGCUGCGAUUGAGAAUGAGAUACCCUUACGAAUUGUAUGAGUGAUUUGCAGCGGCCAGAAAUUUGGAUGCGGGCGCCAGGUAAUUGAGAACAUAAUGGUGGGUGAUGGUUGAGAAAUUGGGGCGUUAGAAUAGGAAAAUAAAAGGAUAAUCUCUGCGAAUCCCAUUUGCGUCAGGU